AUGGAACAAGUGUGCUCAAGGAUCAAGUGCUCUGAAGUCAUCGCGAUCCAAGAGGGUCGAAAAGUAGCAAUGUUCGAUGGCAAGCCGCUUUGCCAAAAAUGUGCGAGCUUCUUCUACGAGCCCCUCCCGAGCAUCCCCAGAAAAACAGAGCCUGUGAGGCAGAAGCCAUACGAAGAAUCAAAGGCUUACAAGAAAGAAGUCAUCAACGACGGACGAGACGUUUGGGAUUAUCCAGCGCAUUUGCCUAUCCCCACGCCAGGCUUCGGGAUCAGGCGCAUACAAGCCUUCGACGAGGAGGGUGGUAUGCAGUACAAGUACAUCCGCCGCCCCGUGGAUCCCAAGGGAUGA